AUGGCUGGAAAAGAACAUUAUUCCUAUGAGUUCAAGGAUACAAGUCAUUCUACAGAAUUCCUUAAUGUGUUUAACGAAUUUUAUCAAAGUGGAUUAUUCACCGACGUUAUUUUUGAAUGCUUCUCGGGGCAAUUAUUUCACUGCCAUAAAGUUGCUCUGGCAGCUUGUAGCACUUACUUCAAAGCAAUGUUCACUGCAGAUAUGCAGGAAAAAGCUACCACGAUUAUUAAACUUCCAACCAUUGAUCACAGUAUCUUAGACGCUCUGAUAAGGUUUGUAUACACAUCAGAAGUACUGAUAACAGAAAACAAUGUCCAAACUUUGUUGGAGACUGCAGAUCUCCUGCAAUUUCCAUCAGUCAAAAAGGCAUGUGAAAACUUUCUAGCCAGACAUCUAGAUUUUGGCAAUUGUAUAGGAAUGCAUUCUUUUGCGGAAAGCCAUCAUUGUACUGACUUAGAGAAAGAAUCUCGAAGAGUGUUUCUCUCCAACUUUGAAGAAAUUUCAAGACAGGAUGAAUACUUAGAAACUAGCAAAGACAAACUCCUUUUUAUACUGUCCAGAAAAAACCUCAAUGUGUGGAAGUCAGAUAUUCUUCUUGAAGCUAUUGUCAGGUGGAUUGCAUAUGACAUGGAAAAUAGAAUUGAAUAUUUGGUGGAAUUAUUAAAAUAUGUCCAAAUUGAUCUAGAUCAUCUUUACAUCAAAACAGCACUUGAAGUGCAUGGGCAGUCCCUUCUCACCACUGAUGUUAAGAUGCACUCUUUAAAAAGUCGUGUUCUGGAAUCAAAUUACAGUAUGAGUUCACAGCCUUGCAAGAAGUUAACGUGUAAUAUGUAUAUAAUUGGUGGAUAUUACUGGCACCCACUUUCUGAGGUCCACAUAUGGAACCCAUCAACUGAUUUAUGGACACAGGGUUCACAGUUGCCUGGUUACAGAACAGAAAGUUAUACUGUUUCUGCUUUAGGACCAAACAUUUAUGUUACAGGUGGUUAUAGUUCUGAUAACCUGGAAGCCCUAGACAACGUGUGGAUUUAUAAUUCAGAAAUGGAUAAUUGGGUGGAAGGGAGCCCAAUGUUAAAUGCUCGUUAUUAUCACUGUUCAGUGGUAAUGCGUGGCUGUAUCUAUGUGAUGGGUGGAUACCGAGCUGGUGCUCCAGCGCAGGACGCAGAGUUCUAUGAUCCUUUGAAAAAGAAAUGGAUUCCGAUCGCAAGCAUGCUGAAAGGGGUUGGAAAUGCAACUGCUUGUGUUGUCCAGGAAGUUAUCUAUGUAACAGGAGGACACUACGGUUACCGAGGAAGUUCAACUUAUGAUAAAAUUCAGAGCUACAAGUCAGAUCUCAACGAGUGGACAAUAAUCACUAUCACUCCACACCCAGAGUAUGGGCUGUGCUCCGUGGGUUUAUAUAACAAGAUCUACUUUGUUGGUGGACAGACAACUAUCACUGAUUGUUACGACAUAGAAAAGAAUGAAUGGAAACAGAUAACCCAAAUGAAUGAAAGACGAAUGGAAUGUGGUGCAUUGGUGAUGAAUGGCUGCAUUUAUGUUACAGGUGGAUACUCAUAUUCUAAGGGAAGUUAUCUGCAGAGUAUUGAAAAAUAUGAUCCCGAGAAAGAUACUUGGGAAAUAAUAGGGAAUUUGCCUGGUCCCAUGCGUUCACAUGGCUGUGUAAGUGUAUAUGAUAUACAAGCCUAAAUAAUGUUCUGUUUAUAACCUAAAAUGAUUUUGAGCAAACAGAUGAUGCAGAGAAUGUUACUAGUAUGCUGUUAAUGAUAAAUCACAAACUUGAAAAUGGAAUUGGAAUAAGAGAAAUUGUGAUAGAAUAAGAAUCUGGAGUUGAUUAAAAUAAAUGUAUCUUUUUGAAUGGCAGCACAUGUUUGAAAGGCCAUAUGGCCUACUCUAGCUUUUAAAGAAAGGUAUGAUGUCAAAUAAUGUUUAAUCUCACUAUUAAAGUGAACAAAGGAAAUCAAAUAUGAUUCUCUGUUUUAGUACUCUUAAUGUGGGGUGGUGUUCACAGGUAAUUAGGAGUACUGUGCUUGUAGUUUCCUGAAAAUGUCGCAGUUUGCACUCUGCCUUGGGUACAAGAUUGUGGAAUACCCUCUCCAGAACACAUUUCAUAAAUGAAGGGUCUGAGAACUUCUAAGUAGAAAGAAUGCCGGUGCAACAAAUACAGCUCAAGUUCUUUAAAUCUACAAUUUCCUGGUGGACAUCAUGAUCACAUCAUUGAAUUAAUUGUACUUAAAUCUUGCCAAUAUCAGAAGUACAGUGUGUUGCGGAAGACAUAAUCCUCUGAUGGUGUAAUAACAGUCCAUGAUUCUGCCAUACAAAUGGUUACUUUCUGCUCUGACAGGAUCAUGGAUCUAUAGAAUGUGCCAAUAACAACAGAAACUCUACUGAGAGUGGCUGUAAGUUGAUGGAUAAAUCCAAAGCAGCUUUUGUUUCUCUUUCUAUCAUAUUCACUUUUAAAUUUUAAACAAAAAAUUAAAUUAGUAACAAACUUUUGUUAGAAUUACAAAAACAUUCUAAAAUAAG